UCUGUUACUGCUAAUAAUCCCAUGCUGCCAUAAUGUACUCUUCUGACGUUCCCCGUAACAAGCGUUUGCUCCAAUGUGCAUGUGCCAUCUUCUGGUGUCUCUUAUCUGGAGGUCCCAUCUUCGGCUUCGCUGCCUUGAAGCCGGUAUUGAUCAAGGAACAUGUCUACGAGUCUGUCUGUAACGCCACAAUUAACUCAUCCUCGUCGUCCAUGUGGAUUAUGGAAGCUCCUGCUUCCAUUUCAAAUACCGUAUUGUCUUCUGUCUUCACUACUUUGAAGGAAAAGGAAGUUGUAGCUAAAUGCACUGCCCAGGAUUUGAAGUUGAACAUGAUGUUCACCGUUGGUGCAGUUUUAACCAACGUAUCGGCAUUGGCCAUUGGUAGAGUUCUCGAUUUAUACGGCCCCAGAGUCUGUGGCUUAGUUGGUGCCUUCUUCUUGUUUCUAGCCUGUGUAGUCUUUAUCUUCGCUAAGGCCUUGUCUGAAACCUUUAUCGACCCAUACUUGUUUGGCUAUGCCUCAAUGGCAUUGGGUGGACCUUUUGCCUACAUCUCGUCGUUUCAGUUGUCGAACUCGUUUCCUAAGAAUUCCGGUACCAUUCUUGCUUUGGUCACUGGAGCCUUUGAUGCUUCCUCUGCUGUAUUCUUGUUCUACAGAAUCGCCUACAACAGCUCUGGAGGUUCUUUUGGCUUGGGAAGCUUCUUCAAGCUCUACUUGCUUGUUCCUUUAUUUAUAACUGUUGUGGAAUUCGUGGUGAUGCCUGCUGAUUCGUACAAGACUUCUCCAGACACCGAGUUAUGUGUAGACGACGAAAUUGACCACCACUUAUCACCAUCCAAUAGCGGACAUUCCCACACUGAAAACACCCCAUUGUUGGAUAGUCAAUUGGAAGUUCCACCAUCCAGAAGGCGUGAUUCGAUCGGUGAUGCAUUGAAGCAGCCUUAUGCUGACGAAGGCGAAGAGUUCUUGGUUGAACAUUCUGGUGGUGUGUUUGGUAUUUUACAUGGCUACUCAGCACAACACCAAAUCAAGACUCCUUGGUUCAGUCUUAUGUGUUUGUUUGCUACUAUCCAGAUGUUACGUAUCAACUACUUUGUCGCUACAAUCGGAACCCAGUACGCCUAUAUCUUCCAUUCGGUUCCACUUGCUACCAAGUUAAACAAGAUUUUCGAUAUCGCUUUGCCCUUGGGAGGUAUCAUCUCUGUACCUUUCAUCGGUAUCUUCUUGGACAAUUACCACACUGUGACGGUUCUCACCGGCUUAUUGAGUAUUUCGUUAGUGAUUGGUGUGUUGCAAUUGUUUGGCAACUUUACUUUAGGUGUAAUUGGCGUCUUGAUCUUUGUAGCUUAUCGUCCCUUGUUCUACACUACGGUGUCUGACUUCUGUGCAAAAGUGUUUGGCUUCGAAACCUUUGGUACAGUUUACGGUGCCAUCAUCUGUAUUUCUGGUGUCAUCAACUUUGGCCAGAGUUUGUUGGACAAGUGGACUCACACUACCUUCAAGAUGAACCCUCUUCCUAUCAACCUUAUUUUGAUAGCGAGUACCAUUGUCAUUGGUGCGGCCACCAUCAUCUACGUAGACAUUCAGGCUAGAGUCUACAGCGAGAAGAAGCGUAAGAUCGCUACCGCAGCCGCUGCUAGUGCUUAAUUUAACACUAUAAAUAUCAUAAAGCUUCCGAAGAACCACUUCCGGUAACCAUGAUUUAGACCAUAAAAGCUACUUAAAAUGUGUCUAAUUAUGCGAUCCCUGAUUGGCAACUUCUCUAAAAAAAGACGACAAUAAAUAGCAGUAAUUAAU